GCCAGCAUUCACCUGGUGUGUCAGGAGCAGGCAGGACAUGGACAAGCCUGCCCUCUUUCUAGGUUACCCGGACCACAUGGUGUUCUCUGAGUUCCGCCGCCGCUUCGAUGUCCUGGCCCCACACCUGACCAAGAAACAUGGGCGAAACUACAUUGUGGUGGAUGAGAGGCGGGCGGUGGAGGAGCUUCUGGAGUCCUUGGACCUGGAGAAGAGCAGCUGCUGCAUGGGCUUGAGCCGGGUGUUCUUCCGGGCCGGCACAUUGGCUCGGCUGGAGGAGCAGCGGGACGACCAAACCAGCAGGAACCUAACCCUGUUCCAGGCGGCCUGCAGGGGCUACCUGGCCCGCCAGCACUUCAAGAAGAAAAAGAUCCAGGACCUGGCCAUUCGCUGUGUGCAGAAGAACAUUAAGAAGAACAAAGGGGUGAAGGACUGGGCCUGGUGGAAACUCUUUACCACCGUGCGGCCCCUCAUCGAGGUACAGCUGUCCGAGGAACAGAUCCGGAACAAAGACGAAGAGAUCCAGCAGCUGCGGAACAAGCUUGAGAAGGUGGAGAAGGAGCGCAAUGAGCUUCGGCUCAACAAUGACCGGCUGGAGACCCGGAUCUCAGAGCUGACAUCGGAGCUGACUGAUGAACGUAACACGGGAGAGUCCGCCUCCCAGCUGCUGGACGCCGAGGCCGCAGAGAGGCUCCGAGCCGAGAAGGAGAUGAAGGAGCUGCAGACCCAGUACGAUGCGCUGAAGAAGCAGAUGGAGGUGAUGGAGAUGGAGGUGAUGGAGGCCCGCCUCAUCCGGGCAGCAGAGAUCAACGGGGAGGUGGACGAUGAUGAUACGGGCGGCGAGUGGCGCCUGAAGUACGAGCGAGCCGUUCGGGAGGUGGACUUCACCAAGAAGCGGCUCCAGCAGGAGUUCGAGGACAAGCUGGAGGUGGAGCAGCAGAACAAGAGGCAGCUGGAGAGGCGGCUCGGGGACCUGCAGGCAGACAGCGACGAGAGCCAGCGGGCCCUGCAGCAACUGAAGAAGAAGUGCCAACGGCUGACAGCUGAGCUGCAGGACACCAAGCUGCACCUGGAGGGCCAGCAGGUCCGCAACCACGAGCUGGAGAAGAAGCAGAGGAGGUUCGACAGCGAGCUCUCGCAGGCUCAUGAAGAGGCCCAGCGGGAGAAACUGCAGCGGGAGAAGCUGCAGCGGGAGAAGGACACGCUCCUCGCCGAGGCUUUCAGCCUGAAGCAGCAACUGGAGGAAAAAGACAUGGACAUCGCCGGAUUCACCCAGAAGGUGGUCUCCCUGGAGGCCGAACUCCAGGACAUUUCUUCCCAAGAGUCUAAAGAUGAAGCCUCUCUGGCCAAGGUCAAGAAACAGCUCCGGGACCUGGAGGCCAAGGUCAAGGAUCAGGAAGAGGAGCUGGAUGAGCAGGCGGGGACCAUCCAGAUGCUGGAGCAGGCCAAGCUACGUCUAGAGAUGGAGAUGGAGCGGAUGAGACAGACCCAUUCCAAGGAGGUGGAAAGUCGGGAUGAGGAAGUAGAGGAGGCCCGGCAGUCAUGUCAGAAGAAGUUGAAGCAAAUGGAAGUGCAGCUUGAGGAGGAGUACGAGGAUAAGCAGAAGGUGCUGCGAGAGAAGCGAGAACUGGAGAGCAAGCUCACCACGCUGAGUGACCAGGUGAGCCAGAGGGACCUGGAGUCCGAGAAGCGGCUCCGGAAGGACCUGAAGCGCACCAAGGCCCUGCUGGCGGAUGCCCAGAUCAUGCUGGACCACCUGAAGAACAACGCCCCAAGCAAGAGGGAGAUCGCCCAGCUGAAGAACCAGCUGGAGGAGUCCGAGUUCACCUGCGCCGCAGCCGUGAAAGCGAGGAAGGCCAUGGAGGUGGAGAUCGAAGACCUGCACCUGCAGAUUGAUGACAUCGCCAAAGCCAAGACGGCGCUGGAGGAGCAGCUGAGCCGCCUUCAGCGUGAGAAGAAUGAGAUCCAGAGCCGGCUGGAGGAGGACCAGGAGGACCUGAACGAGCUAAUGAAGAAGCACAAGGCAGCCGUGGCUCAGGCCUCGCGGGACUUAGCGCAGAUGAACGAUCUCCAGGCCCAGCUAGAAGAAGCCAACAAGGAGAAGCAGGAGCUGCAGGAGAAGCUCCAAGCCCUCCAGAGCCAAGUGGAGUUCCUAGAACAAUCCAUGGUGGACAAGUCCCUGGUGAGCAGGCAGGAAGCUAAGAUCCGAGAGCUGGAGACCCGCCUGGAGUUCGAGAGGACCCAAGUGAAGAGGCUGGAGAGCCUGGCCAGCCGGCUCAAGGAGAACAUGGAGAAGCUGACGGAGGAGCGUGACCAGCGCACUGCCGCUGAGAACCGGGAAAAGGAGCAGAAUAAGAGACUCCAGCGGCAGCUCCGGGACACCAAGGAGGAGAUGGGCGAGCUCGCCAGGAAGGAGGCUGAGGCAAGCCGCAAGAAGCACGAACUGGAGAUGGAUCUGGAGAGCCUAGAGGCGGCUAACCAGAGCCUGCAGGCCGAUCUAAAACUGGCAUUCAAGCGCAUUGGGGACCUACAGGCCGCCAUCGAAGAUGAGAUGGAGAGCGACGAGAAUGAGGACCUCAUCACCAGUUUGCAGGACAUGGUGACAAAGUAUCAGAAAAGAAAGAAUAAACCUGAGGGGGACUCAGAUGUGGACUCGGAGCUGGAGGACCGCGUCGACGGGGUCAAGUCGUGGUUGUCGAAAAACAAGGGGCCUUCCAAGGCAGCUUCUGAUGAUGGCAGCUUGAAGAGUUCCAGAACGGCCCUCAACACCUCUGGCAAAGAGGGCAAGGGGGUGGAGGAGAGGCCGGCCUCGGCACUGAGCUCCCUGAGCUACCGGAAGCGGCUCACCCUGAAGGACUCCAUCGCGGGCACCGGGGAUGAGGACUCGCUCUUCACCACCCUGAGCGAGCGGGCGGCCUCCCCGGAGAGGCCGCCCCGGAAGACCCGCAUGGGCCCCAGGGAGGAGCCAGACGAGUGCGGCUCCAUCGUCUCCGAAGCCCUGAGCCGCCCAGGCCGGGGGCUGGAGAAGCGGUGGGGCUCAGACUUUGACCGGGCCUCCACAGUCUCUGCUCCCACCAGCCGGGCCUCCUCAGCCACACGGCGUGGCUCCGGUGAGGAUGGGGCCCGCUCGUCCAUGAGCUUCUCGCUCUCGGGCUCCCCCAUCUCCCGGCGCAGCACCUCCCGGCUGGAUACCCUGUCCAGGACCCUCAGUCCUUCCUUGAGCCGCGCCUCGGGCCGGGGCCGGGACAGCCCGGAUUCCCGCCUGUCUCUGGGCCAGAGCUGCCUGGAUGCGUGGGACGACGAAGCUAGUGUGGCCUUGAGCGAGGCCCACUCCCAGUAUAGCCAUCCGUCGCUGGCCCGCAGUCUUUCGGUGCCACCACGGCCUCGUGUCUCAGCCUCGGCCACGGAUGAGCCCCUUGGCGCUGGCAUCCACCCCGUCAGCCGGCACUCCUACCUGGACCCUGACCUGGAGGCUGCCAUCAACGAGGUCUUAAGCUUCAAACCCGGCCCGUUCCAGAGGAGCAGCCUGGAGCCCGACUCUGAGGAGGAUGACCGGAAGAGCAUCCAAAGCGUCCGCAGCGCCCAGGUGGACCUCCCAGCGCGGGCGGCCGGCAUCCGCCGCUCGGCCUCCGCUGCUGACGUCUCCCACUCCCGCAGCAGCCACAAGGGCCGGAGCCGGAGACGCAGAAGCUCCCGCUCCAGCUCCAGCUCCGAGGACUCCUCGGAGCCCAGACGGCGGAAGAAGGGGCGCUCGCGCAAGGGCAAGAAGAAAUCCAGAUCGAGGAGAAAGAGAACGGAGACCGAGUCGGAGUCCUCGUCCAGCUCCAGCGGCUCUACGGUGUCAGGCCACAGCCGCUCGAGCGUGAAGAAGGGCCCCGCUGCCGAAGACGAGGAGGCCGCGGGCCGGCAGUCCCGGCAGUCUCGGAAGGAGGAGAAGAAGCGCAAGAAGGAGGUGGACAGCCUGAUGAUGCGGUACCUGUACCGGCCCGAGAGCGACUAGCGCAGCACCCUACCAGCUACUGGAAGUCCCUUGCCCCUGACCGGUCAGAUGAUGAGCACGACCCUUUGGACAGCACCUCCAGGCCACGAUACUCCCAUAACUAUCUGAGUGACAGCGA